UAUAUAAGGCAGGAGCAAAAAUGGAAAGUUAGUUCUGUUGUUAGUUCAGUUCAAAUCAAACAAAUAAUCAACAUGAUCAAAAUCGCAUUUUUCUUUUUGGCUUGCUUUGCCUUGGUUUACAGCAAUGAUGUCAUACAUCAUUACGGCAAACAUGGCGGACAUGGUGUAAGUUCAAGAUACUUCAUUAAAUCUCAAGGGCACGGAUUUGGUGGAUAUGGUCUUGGAUACGACGGAUAUGGACUCGGCUAUGGAGGCUACGGAUCUGGAUAUGGAAGCUAUGGUGCUGGUUAUGGAGGAUAUGGUGCUGGUUAUGGAGGAUAUGGUGCUGGUUAUGGAGGAUAUGGCCGCUACGGAUAUGGAUUUUAAAUGGAUAAUGAUAUUGAAUGGCAAUGAUAUUUUCAGGAUAAUAAUAAGAAAAUGAAUGUUUCUUCUGAGGUCUUGAUUGAGAGCUCAUUGUAAUGUUUUUCAAAUGAUAAAUAAAUUUUUUGAUAAAAGUUUC